UUUCAAGUCUGGCUUAGAGUAUGUAAAUGCCACAGCUUUCCACAAUCUGACAGGCCUAAAAGAACUGAAUUUGGCACAGAAUGGACUAACUGACUUUCCAGAUAUAUCCAAGAAUUCUCUCCUGGAAGAUCUUGAUUUGUAUGCAAAUAAAAUUCAGUUGUUCAGCCACAACUUCACCAGUCUGCCAAAGGCCUUGAAAAGAAUUAUUAUGAUUGACAAUGAGAUAGACUGGAUUCCCAAUGAAUGGUUCAAUUUGCCAAACCUUGAAUACCUUGCGUUAAGCAAGAACAAGUUGAAAAAGUUUCCUUCAGCUUCCUUCAUAAACUGCCGCUCACUGCUGUACCUGUCAGUUGAUCAGAAUGAAAUUGGCAGUCUUACGGUUCCAAACAUGCAACCCUUCUUUGGAAAUGACUCUGCACUUGUUCAUCUGAAUGUGAGCAACAAUCAAAUCUCUUCUGUAACAACUGGGACAUUCUCUAACUUGAUCCACCUUAAAGUUCUUGAGUUACAUAUGAAUCACCUGGAAAUCAUUGCCGCUAAGGUCUUCUAUGAAAUACCAGAGUUGCUGCAUCUUGAUCUCAGGGGGAACAGACUGAAAACUAUCACAGCUGAAGGCUACAGCAGUCCAUUUGAGAGUCUUCCAAAACUGAAAGUGUUAAUUCUGAUGCAGCAGGAAAGUUCUUACCAAACUGAGCAUGUUAUGUUCAAUGCCUUCAAGGACCUCCCCGCUCUGGAAGAUUUAUGGUUGAACGACAACCUCUUGAGCAACUUUCCCCAUCCAGCUUUGUCGCAGACGUCACAACCAUUACCAUCCCUUAUUUAUUUGCAUCUGGAAAAUAACAACAUCAAUUCAUUGUCAAGUUUUGCCAGUACAGAUUUUUCACCUUUUCUUCAAGACUUCCAUGCGAGUCAGAAGAGUGUCCACAAGGCAUUUGAAAGACUUUCGACUCUGCAGAGAUUAUAUGUUCACGGGAAUCAAAUAUCCAGCAUUGAAGAGGAAGAUCUUUGGUACCUCAGUAAUGUUCAGCAGCUCUACCUGUCAGGAAAUCGGCUUUCUAAUUCUACAGUACAUGUUGAAGCAUUCAGGAAUCUAACCAGUUUAACAAGACUGGAUUUAGACAGCAACAAGUUCCAUUAUGUUCCAACUGCUGUUCAAGGGAAGAGUCAUCUUCCAGUCAUCAAUGAAUUGUACUUGUCCACCUGCGAAGAUAAUUUCUUUGUCUAUGUCAUACAAAGUUUGUACGACAACUCUCUGACGUACAUCCUGAAAGGAACUUUCACAGAUCUUGAUACAUUGCGUUCCCUUUAUCUUAAUAAGAAUGACAUUGUUGCUGUGGAGAAUGGUGCCUUUCCUUCUGGUAUAACAACGAUGACUCUGUCGAAUAACCUCAUCACCUUCAUACCAAAUACUGCUUUCCAUGGACUGACAGCGUUAAGAACUUUGAACUUGCGAAACAACCAGAUUGGCAGGAUUCUGAAAGUCAUGUUAAAGGAUUUAACUGCAUUGACUAGCCUAGAUCUGUCAUACAAUGAUAUUGCCUUUAUUGAGGACGGAACUCUAACCGUGAUGCCGUCAUUCAACUUUUUAUACCUUGAAAGUAAUCAGUUAACCACACUUCCUGUUGGUGGAGAUUUUCACGGUAAACAGAUGAACAGAAUAGACAUCAGAAACAAUAGAAUCACUUCUAUUAGAAAUGGUACCUUUGUUGGGACCACAUGUUCUGGAGGGUGUAGUGAGACCUCACGGAAUACGGUUUGGAAUUUUGAAGGUAACAGAAUUUCUUCCAUCGAAUCUGGAGCUUUCCAAAAUGUGCAAGGACCUGGUUGCACGUUGCGUUUCACAGGGAAUGUGUUGAAAAUAAUUGGUUCCCGUGCUUUUGAUAAAGUGGAGAUGUGCUACAUCGAGCUGUAUGGGGCCGAGCUCACGACAAUAUCCACCGAGGCGUUUUAUGAUGUGACAAUAACAUGGGAUUUAGAGAUGUAUGACAGUAAGAUCACUGCUUUUAAGGAAAACCCCUUUGUAUCUCUCACAGUGACCAAUGGAGCACUAGAACUUCAGGACAAUGUGAUCGAAGCUGUAACAGGAAAGUUGUUCGGCGAUUCUGGAUCAACUGUAAAGACGCUGGAUCUUUCCAAUAACCAGAUACAGUCUUUGCACGAAGAUGCUUUGAAAGGAGUAUCAAUCGACGCAAUCAAAUUGAUGAACAACAAACUGGUUACAUUUCCUUCGCGAACUUUGAGGAAUCAGAAUCCAUCUGAACUUGAUAUGACUAACAAUAAUAUUCCGACCAUAUUACCUGGAGAGCUGGAUAAAUUCACUAAUCUUCGGAAGCUCAUACUUGAACACAACAACAUAACAGAGUUGGGCGCCAAUUUGUUUCAAUAUCAGACGAAUUUAGAAGAACUAAACCUGAUGAACAAUGCCAUUGGUGUGAUUCAAAGUGGUGCUUUUAAUAACUUGGGACGCAUCCAAAAGAUAUAUUUGCAGGAAAAUAAAGUUGUCUUUUUGCCCACUUUUCCAACACUGAACACUCUUGGUACUCUCAACCUAAAGAAUAACUUGAUAGAGAAUGUUGGUCAAGAUUGUUUUGGAGGACUCCCAAAUCUAGGCACUUUAAAUCUAAAUGGCAACAAUUUCGCUUGCGACUGCAAUGUCUAUAACUCCAUUGUCGCUGUCAUAACAGCUCUAACCGCGAGUAGGGCUGCGACUUGUGCUACUCCAUCUCGUGUCGCUGGGGUAGAAUUUUAUCCUGGAGGAUCUUAUGAAAAACAACCUGUUCAGGAUUUCACAUGCUCACCAGUGAAUAUUUCUGCAACAGCCCCGGGAGAUUUCCAGCUGAGAGUGGACUGGUCACGACCCUCCUCCCUUUAUCCGCCAGUCAUAGUGGAUGCAAACACUACUUAUGUGGAUACGUGGAAUAUUACGACUGUCAUAGAUGUGGACUACAACUCAACGUGCGACAGUGCAGACGCUCCUUCGUUCUCUAAGUCAACGCAAAGCGAGUUUAUCUUGUUUGUCCAAGCCGAUGGUGUCCAAGCAGGGAUUGACUAUGUAUGCUACGUAACCAUGACAGUGACAGCCUAUAAUGGGACAAACUUAGACAACAAUACCCAAGGCGAAAUUGAAACUCAGACCUCCCCAAAAAGUGAGGAAGCAACUGUCACUACGUUGGAAGGAAAAGCUCCUGUGACCAAUGCAUCACUAAACAGUUCCAAUUACUACUUGGACAUUACCUACUACGAUUUUCAGUUUUCCGAUGUUGAUUUCACUGGUCUUGGUGCAUUCAGAGAUGACCUUUAUCGAAAUCCUCAAUAUGUUCACAGCCCCUUUGGAAGCUGGUUGGCCACAUCAAACAGCCCUACUUCUGAUAGUUUCUCUCACUGGUUUAGAAGUUUUUCCAGCCGGAACAUUCACUAUGAAGAAAAAUUAGAGCUAGGAAAACAGCUGGAGACGGAUACGAAUGGGAAUACUGUAUUCCGACAUUAUAACGACAAGUUCUUCCCGGUCGAUGGCCGUGGAUGGGGUGCAGAAGGACAAAGGGACUGCUUCACUAAUGCACUUAGGAAUUAUGGUUUUACUGCUGCAAUACGCACAGCAUUCAACUUUUCUGGUGAAGAGAUGUUGGCCUUCUCUGGCGGCGAAGAACUGUGGGUAUUCGUUGACAAGACACUGGUGGUGCAGAUAUUUGCUGAUCCAUCGGAAACUGAUGUUCCGUGCCGUUCUAUCAGUUUAGCUAAUGCUGCUAGUACUGGGUCUGUCAUUCCUCAAGGUGGUACAGUAAUCGGUGGAAAAUGCCAAGUCACGGGGGCUUUACAAGCCGAGAACGUUAGCUUAUCUCUUAAGGUAAAUGAGCCAUACCGUUUAGAUGUAUUCAUCGCUGAGAGAUUCCGCUGCAACUCGCGCAUUUUAUUCCAGUCAAGUGGCGUUUCAUUUCUAACGGAUGACCUUCGGCCUCUUGACUAUUUGGCUGCUAUCAGCGAGAACGCACAUGUUGGCUUUAUUGUGCAGGACUUUUACAUUGGAGAUGCUUUUUCGUCUGGACCUUACAACGUAGACAUUUUGGAAGGAAAUGAGCAAGACCGAUUUGAAGUUGAAAAUGGGGCUUACACAGCACCGUCUGCACCCACCACCCCUUCUCCACCCACGUUUAUCCUUAACGGAGAGUCAGUUGUAUUGUGUCCGAACGCUACAGAUGAUCCAGUGGAUCCAAUUCCUUCUGUAAAUUCAGGAAUUCAGUCAUUCACCUCCAUAACCACAUCUACAGCUAAGUUAGCACUAAAGAAACUUUUGGAUUUCGAGUACACUUCAUCUUAUUUUUUAUAUCUGAGGAUUACUGAUACUGUUAAGGGAUGGACAGGCAACAUUUCAAUCAAGGUUUUUGUUGAAGACUACAAUGAUCACUGUCCAUUCUUGAAAGAAGUCAACAUAGAUUUGGACUUGGAGCCGAUUCCACCGCUUCGUAAAGAAGCGUUCUUUACUGCUAUAGCCACUGAUAAAGACAGUGGUGUGAACGCUCGGAUUACAUACAACGUCAGCGAACCAGAGAGAAUUCCUCACAUCAAUUCCACGAAGUUUUAUGUCAAUAAUGGUACCGAGGUGGUGUGGAGCAAUAAGACUGUGAAGUGGACCUACAAGUACUUGAUAUUUGCUGUGGAUGGAGGUUCGCCAAAACGCGGUGAUAGUAUCCCUUUGAAUAUCACAUUUGAUGCUACUUGCGAAGCGACCGGAGCUGUGGUAGCUGAUCCAGUCACCGGUGAGGUGUUCUUCAGAGCGCCUGGGCUCACAGGAUCUAAAUACCCUUUAAACUCCACGGAUAAGCCGAGAUGUCGCGGCUGCACUCAUGGGUAUUUCUGUGUUGGAGAUGGAACUGAAGAAAGAUGUGGACUCGCUUCACCAACAGAAUUCUCCUUUGGUUCCGCAGCGACUUGUUCACCUUGUCCCGAGGGAUGGCUUUGUGUGAAUGGUACCGCACUCCCCUGUCCAGAAAGUACACAUGUCAAGUGCAAUUCGACGUGGUGCCCCGAAAAUUGCUUUGAUUGUGAACCUGGCACAGUUUGCUUUGAGGGAAGGAAGCAAGACUGUACACCAGGACGAUACAGUGAUGGAAAAGGAUUUCCAUGCACGCUUUGCCCUCCCGGUAGCUUCAACAACGCGACUCGUGCACAAACCUGUGAGUGUUGCGAGGAUGGUUACACCAGCACAUAUAUGAAGACCAGUUGUCGGCCAUGUCCUGCCAACGAGUGGGCAAAACAUGGAAGCUUCCCAAACUGUUCCAUGUGUCAGACUUGUUUUAAUUCUGAGGACUGUCCAUGUUUGUCCAACGGUACUUGUUUUCCUGGUGUAAGCUGUCUUAAUGUCGGAGUUGGUCAGUCAAAAUGUGGUCCGUGUCCUAAAGGUUAUGAGGGUGAUGGAAGGACUUGUACCGACAUUAACGAGUGCACCCGUGCCAGCCCUUGUUAUGAGAGUGAUAAAUGCCAAAAUCUCGUCCCUGGUUACCAGUGUAACGCCUGUCCCGACGGAUACAGAGGGAACGCUCCAUCGGGUGUCGGUUUGGAAGACGCUCAGAAUUCCAAGCAAGUCUGUGAGGAGAUUGACGAGUGCAAAGAGGGGAUCAGCAGCUGUGAUCCAAAUUCACAAUGUAUCAACACAAAUGGAAGCUUCACGUGUGGCCCUUGCCAUCCUGGUUUCAUUGGUGAUGGCUACUUAGGUUGUAACCCUGGUGACCUGUGCACCAAUGGCUCACACACUUGCCAUGAAAAUGCUCAGUGCACCCAGACUGGCGCUGGAAGAUUCAAGUGCAGGUGUAAGGAUGGGUACGGUGGUGAUGGAGAGGAGUGCGAAAUCGAUCCAGACCUUGAUGGAAUUCCCUCCGUAGGUUUAAGUUGCACCUUGCCAAAUUGCUUCAAAGAUAACUGUCCAACUGUACCUAAUACGGGUCAAGAGGACACCGACGGUGAUACAGACGGGGAUGCUUGUGAUGAAGAUGACGACAAUGAUUUGAUAGUCGACAAAUUGGACAACUGUCAAUUUGUGAAGAAUCAGGACCAGUCCGAUUCGGAUGGAGACGGAGUAGGUGACGCAUGUGAUAACUGCAUCAAUCAACAAAAUCCUGACCAACUGGACAGUGACGGAAAUGGAGUUGGGGAUGCAUGUAAUACAACGGAUCCUGACGGCGAUGGAGUAUCUGCUGAUAACUGCCCAUUAGUCAGUAAUCCAGCCCAGAGCGAUACAGACUCUGACGGUGUUGGUGAUGCCUGUGAUAACUGCCCUUCAGUGAGUAAUAGAGCUCAGACUGACGCCUAUCAAAGCGGAUAUGGCGAUGCAUGUUUCGGACCUGGAAAAGACAAGGAUGGCGAUGGCGUACCAGAUGGUUUUGACAAGUGUGUUGAUCUCCCAAAUGGCGAACAGGCAGACGCUGAUGACGACAGCGUAGGAGAUGCUUGUGAUGGUGAUCAGGACGGUGACAAUGUUGGUAAUAAUGAUGAUAACUGCCGUUUAGUGAGCAACGCUGGUCAAGAACAUGUUAAUUUGAAUUACGACGCGAAAGCAAGACCAGUUGGAGAUGCUUGUGUCGAUGAUUUUGAUGGAGAUGGUGUCCAUGAUAACGAUGACCACUGCCCAUAUGUGAAGCAUCUCAGUAAGACAAGCUUCACAGACCAUUUCACUGUAGACCUGUAUCCUGGACACUCGGAUGAACUUCCUGUCUGGAGAGUGGCUAAAAAGGGUAUUGACGUUGAAGAAAUUACUAACACCUCAUCAAAGCACCCUGCAAUGCUUAUCGGUCAAUCCCGAUAUGGUCCCGUUGACUUUAGUGGAGUACUUUAUGUGAAGGAGAGUGAUUCAUCCGAUUAUACCGGAGUGGUGUUUGGUUAUCAAUCAAACCGCAGAUUCUAUGUGGUAAUGUGGAGAAGAGAGAACAGUAAUUUUAAGGACCUGAACGAUAGAGCAGGAAUCAAAGGAAUCCAGUUGAAGCUUGUCGAUUCAAACACGGGGCCUGGAGAUUUGUUGGCGCAAGCGCUGUGGCAUUCUGGAGAUACUAAUAACCAGGUGAAGCUUCUAUGGCAAGACCCUAAAAUGGAAGGAUGGAAAUAUAAAACCUCUUACGCCUUCCACGUGUUUCACAGACCCUCCAUCGGUCUAAUAAGAGUACAAGUUAAACAAGGCGAGAAAGUGCUGACUGAAUCAGGUGAUGUGUAUGAUACAACGAUCACCGGAGGAAGACUGGGUAUGAUGGUUUUCGGCCAGCAGGAUGUUAUCUGGUCCAGACUAGAAGCUAGGUGUAUUGACAGGGUAAAUCAAGCUUUGCACUUUGAUGGAGUUGAUGAUCACGUAACCCUUCCAUCUAUCCAUAAUCUUGGUUUAACAGACAGUUUUACGAUCAGUACUUGGGUUUGGAUGGCAGCGGAUUAUCCCAAUACUGACAUGCCCAUCGUGUGUAGUCUGGAUGCCAAACUAUGCUUGUACUUAAAAAACAGACAAGUCUAUGGGAACAUGGGAUCGUCUGUCGUUCAAGGGUCGGAAGUUAUUGAGCCCGAAGAAUGGCAUCACCUGGCCUACAGAUAUGACGCCCAGACCUACGAACUUAAGCUUUUUGUGAACGGUUCAUCCGUUGGAUCACAAAGCGAUGUAUUGCCACACACCUGGUCUUCUAGUGAUCUUCUAUAUGUUGGGCGUGACAAUAGUAACUACCUGAAUGGAACUGUGGAUGACUUGACUCUGUGGGGGGUGUACGUCGAAGAUGCGGAGAUUGCCGAUUACAUGAAAACUGCUGGCCUAUUGUUACCCAUCCACAAGGGCGUGGUCAGAGCGCAUUUCAACAUGGACGAGACUUCUGAUUCAGUCAUUCUUGAUCAAGCGGGAAAUGGUUACCAUGGAAAUCUAAUGGGUGGAGCAAGUUUCGUCGCGAGCUCCGUCGACAAGAAUCGUUUUGUAAUCACGUUCCCGAACAAUAGGAGAAGGAGGAGAAGAAGUUUAAAUGCACCUUUGUCGCAACACAAUGAACUCUAGGAACUGGAAAGUUGUUGUUGCUGCUGUUUUUUU